CCCGUACCGUAGGCACCACGGUACUGCGGUACCCAUUGCCGUCGCAUAAUCGCUCUAUUAUUCGCGUCUCGCUAGCGCUACGGCCAAUAGCGCAUUUAUUGGACUCGCGCAGCUCGGACGACGGGCGUUCGCGUGCUUGAUCCGUUGGACCCAGCCCUCGCAAGCUGCCGCCGCGGGUAGCACCGGUCGCGAGCCGCCAGCGCCGCAGCGGGAUCGCCCGGCGCGCGGCCGGCGAGGAUGCUCUUCUACAGCAUGUUCAAGACGCUAGUGGGCAAGGAGAUCGCGGUGGAGCUCAAGAACGACGUCGCGCUCACGGGGACGCUGCACUCGAUCGACCAGUACCUGAACAUAAAGCUGCUGGACGCGCGCGUCGUCGACGCGGCGCGGCACCCGCAGCUCGUGGCCGUGUCGUCGGUCUUCGUGCGCGGCUCCGUGGUGCGGUACGUGCAGCUGCCCGCGGCCGACGUGGACGCGGAGCUGCUGCAGGACGCGUGCCGCAAGGCGAGCGUGAAGGCCUAAGGGAACCGCGUUGAUUUUUU